AUGGUUCUUUCCGAGAAACAAAAGAAUGAACUUAAUCAAGCCAUCGCUGAUUAUCUAACGACAAAUGGUUAUACCGUAGCAUGUAAAGAAUUUUGUAGAGAAGCAAACCUUUCAAUAAAUGACAGUGCGGAGAAGAAAGAUCAGCUGGAGAAAAAAUGGACAUCUGUCAUACGAUUGCAGAAGAAAGUGAUGGAUCUUGAGUCAAAACUUCAAGACGCUUUACAAGAAGUGACAACCGGUGGUCCUACGCGAGAGAAGCGUUCUCCAACUGAAUGGGUACCUCGGCCUCCUGAAAAAUUUGAAUUAAAAGGUCAUCGAGAUACGGUGGUACAUGUUGUCUUUCAUCCAACUUUUGAUGUCAUAGCAUCAUCGAGCGAAGAUGCGACAAUUAAAAUAUGGGAUUACGAAUCAGGUGAACAUGAGAGAACAUUAAAAGGUCAUACAGCACCAGUGCAAGAUAUUGCCUUUGAUCAUACAGGCAAAUGGCUAGUAUCUUGUUCCGCUGAUAUGAGUGUUAGAUUAUGGGAUUUUCAAACUUUUCAAUGUGUUAAAACCAUGCAUGGUCAUGAUCAUAAUGUGUCUUCAGUAACAUUUACCCCUAGUGGUGAUCACAUUAUAUCAUGUAGUCGUGAUAAAACAAUUAAAAUCUGGGAAGUAUCAACCACAUUUUGUAUUAAAACUCUUGUUGGCCAUCGUGAAUGGGUUCGUAUGGUACGUGUUUAUGAAGAUAGUACAUUACUUGCAAGCUCAUCUGUUGAUCAUACGAUAAGAAUAUGGUCUCUGCCAAGCGGGGAAUGUAAAAGUGAAUUACGUGGUCAUGACAAUGUUAUAGAAUGUAUUGCUUGGGCUCCUGAUUCAGCUGGAUCUCAUAUACUUGAGUCAGUUGCGAAUGGUGUAACAGAGGGUCAGAAACGUUCCGGUCCCUACCUUGCUUCCGGUGCACGUGACAAGACAAUCCGAAUCUGGGAUGUAACAAAUGGAUUAGCUUUAUUUAUUUUGACUGGUCACGAUAAUUGGAUACGUGGUCUUCUCUUUCAUCCAGGUGGAAAAUAUCUUUUGAGUUGUUCCGAUGAUAAAACUCUCCGUAUAUGGGAUAUAAAAAAUCGUCGAAAUACGAAGACAAUUGAUGCUCACACACAUUUUUGUACUUCACUUGAUAUGCAUCGAACUAAACCAUAUGUGAUUACAGGUAGUGUGGAUACAACAGUCAAAGUGUGGGAAUGUCGCUAA